AUGAGGCGACCCAUGGAAAUUCAUUCCAUGAAACGGUAUUGGAUGAUGGAUCCGAGGAAAUGGGCGGCUCAAUCAUGUUCUGGAGCAGGCGACCCUGGAAAGAGCUACAUCGACUGA